GCGCCCCCUUUUCCCUCUUCAUCUUGCCAGCAGCUGUCGUGCUUUUAAUUGAGAAUUACGCUUCAUUCAUAAUAAUGUCUCUUGUCUGUGCGUCCAAUGUCCGAGCAGCGUGCGUUGUUGUCCCGUGAUUGAGCAGGUUGCAGGGUUGAGGAGAUUUCUUUAGGGAUGGAGGAAGAGGCGGCGGAUCGAGUGGCCGAGGGGCAGCUCGAGCUGGACGAAGAAGACAGCGAGCCCUUUGAGGAGCUCGAACCUGAGGACAAGGAGGACAAGCUGUCCGACUUGGGCAGGGGAGACGAAAUCGGCAGCACCAUUCCCUCGGAGUUGAGUUUCUCAGGAGAGCCAGCGUUGAGUCCAGCCUUGAAACGGAAGAAGAACGACCUUCUCAACUUGUUGGCUGCCGAGACCUUGGACAGGGCCAGACUUCUGCAGAUGGCCCUUUCAGAGGGAGGCCUUAUUGAUGAUGAAAUUCGAAAGAAAGCCUGGCCUUUGUUGUUAAACAUUGGCGACGAGUCAACGGAAAAGCCACCGACGCAAGAGGAAAUUGAAAAGCACCCUGAGUACAGGCAGGUGGUGAUGGACGUCAACAGAUCCCUCAAAAGGUUUCCACCUGGCAUUCCGUACGAGCAGCGCGUGGCCUUGCAAGACCAACUCACCAGACUCAUUCUCAGGGUCAUCAUGAAGUACCCCCACUUGUGCUAUUAUCAGGGAUAUCAUGACGUGGCUGUGACAUUCCUGCUGGUGGUCGGCGAGGACAAGGCGUUCUACAUUUUGGAAAAGUUGUCCACGGAGCACCUGAGGGUGUGCAUGGAGCCGACGAUGGACACCACCUCGCGGCUGCUCAACACCAUCUACCCCCUGAUCAGCAGGAAGAAUCCGCAGCUGCACGAAUACCUCGAAAGGUCCGAGGCUGGCACCCUGUUUGCGCUGCCAUGGUUUUUGACGUGGUUCGGCCAUUCUCUGAGCAAGUACAGCGCGGUGGUGCGCAUGUACGACUUCUUCCUCUGCUCGGCCCCGCAAAUGCCCUUGUACGUCGCAGCCACGAUUGUCCUCUAUCGGACCGAGGAGGUGCUCGAAACGCCUUGUCAGAUGGACUGCAUGCAUGGCCUUUUGUCUCAGUUGCCUGAGAAUUUGCCAUUUGAGAAAAUCCUGAAGCAAGCUGAAAGACUGUAUUUGGACUUUCCACCUGAGAGUAUCGAAAAGGAAGUCGACGAAAGAACCAAAAGAGAAUUCGAAUUGAGAUUCAAUCCGCCUCCGAAGGCAAAGGCCGUGGUUAAAAAGAAGCCGCCGACAAAGUACUUGUUUGGCCUGAGGAACAUCCUGGCCGUGCGACGACCCACGAGUUAUGUGCAAAUGUUCGUUGCCACCGCCUCAGUCAUGUUCAGUCUGUACAUGUACAUGCGUACCGGAGCCGAGCAGGGACAGCUGCCCAUAGCGCCCAGCUAGCUAACGGUGAAAAUCAAGUGACUUUAAGUGAAAAAGGGAUUGAAAAACAAACACUGUUGCAGAAGAAGUGAAUAUUGUUAAUAAGUUUGGCCUCAAAUUGUGCAAGGAGAGUUUUAGAAUCAAUUUUAGGCUGAAAUUUCAGCAAACCAGGCCAAAGAAAAUGAGUAUUUAAGGUGAUCCAGCUGUUUUGUGAUCCAACGUACUUGUUAAUUUUAAAGAAAAUCUGCAAGGAGGCGACUUUGUAAAUCAUUAUCCUAUAAUUUAUUGAUCAAAUGCGAAUUUAAGUUGCUAUUUGUGAUAAUUUUGUCAAGUGCUCUCAUAUUCUUUGUGAUUUUUUUCAUUUUUAUUUGGAUUCUAUGUAAAAUAUGCUCUACACAAACAAUAAUGUCCUCAAAGAGUUCUUAUAGGAGGUAAAUUAUAAUAGUGGAUGAUAAAAUAAAUAUGGGAAAACGUUUGCAUUAUAUAUUUAUAAAAAAAUGGAUGUUUCAUAAUAAUAACCUGCAUUACUAAAAUUUGUGUUU